UGAGGCUGCUGCUGCACGGCGUUCCCCCUAGCGGAGGCAGCCCCCGGUGCAGCUGGUCGCCAGUGCCAGGAAGUGUCGCCGAUGCUGAGGAGGCCACCUGGAGCCGGACGAAGAGGUGGGAGUGGAACCCACCUGCUCCUCCUCCGUGCUUGUGAGCCACCAGGGGGCAGAAAACUCCAUGGCUCUCCGUUUCUUCCCAUUUUGGAACUAAAGCUGAACGAAAAGGAAUAGAUUGCAGCCCAUUAGAGAAGGAAGGAAGAUCGGCUUUCGUCUCCUCCCUUCUCACGCUGUCAUUUUAGACACGCAGGUCUACAGUCUCCUAUGAAGGUGUGUGCAAUGUGUAAUGUGAGAAUAUUAGAGGUACGUGGUACGUUUUAAGCCCAGGGCACGAAUCUGGAAAUAGAAGCAAGGACUGGGUAGUAGGCACGUUGAUCAGCCUUUAAAAAUAUUUUAACUAUGGACAUAACUAUGAUUCCAAGACUGUGGUCCUAAAUACACUAGGGAAUAGUAACCUGCAUUGGAAUACAGGCAUACCUCAUUUUAUUGCAUUUUGCAGAUAUUGCGUUUUUUUUACAAAUUAAAGGUUUGUGGCAACCCUGCAAUGAGCAAGUCUAUUGGUGCCAUUUUUCCAGCAGCGUUUGCACACUUUGUGUCUCUGUCACACUUUAAUAAUUCUCGCAAUAUUUCAAACUUUUUCAUUGUUAUUAUAUUUGCUAUGAGAAUCUGAUCAGUGAUAUUUGAUGUUACUCUUGCAGUUGUAGAGGGGCACCACGAACCAUGCCCAUGUAAGAUGGCAAACUUAAUCGAAAAAUGCUGUGCAUGUUCCAACCAGCUGUUCUUCCAUCUCACUCCUUAUCUUCUGGUCUAACCCUAUUCCCUGAGACACAGAAAUAUUGAAAUUAGGCCAAUUAAUAACCCUACAAUGGCCUCUAAGUGUUCAAGUGAAAGGGUCGCACAUCUCUCACUUUAAAUCAAAAGCUAGAAAUGAUUAAACUCAGUGAGGAAGGCAUGUCAAAAGCUGAGAUUGGCCAAAAGCUAGGCCUCUUGUGCCAAAGAGUUAGCCAAGUUGUGAAUGCAAAGGAAAAGUUCCUGAAGGAAAUUAAAAGUGCUACUCCUGUGAACACACAAAUGAUAAGAAAACGAAACAGCCUUAUUGCUGAAAUGGAGAAAGUUUUAGUGGUCUGGAUAGAAGAUCAAACCAGCCACAACAUUCCCUUAAGCCAAAGCCUAAUCCAGAGCAAGGCCCUAACUCUCUUCAAUUCUAUGAAAGCUGAGAGAGGUGAAGAAGCUGCAGAACAAAAGUUUGAAGCUAGCAGAGGUUGGUUCAUGAGGUUUAAGGAAAGAAGCUGUCUCCAUAACAUACAAGUGCAAGGUGAAGCAGCACACACUGAUGCAGAAGCUGCAGCAAAUUAUCCAGAAGAUCUAGCUAAGAUAAUUGAUGAAUGUGGCUGCACUAAACAGAUUUUCAAUGUAGAUGAAACAACUGUAUAUUGGAAGAAGAUGUCAUCUAGGACUUUAACUGAUAAGGAGUUGCCUCUUAUGGAUGAGCAAAGAAACUUGUUCCUUGAGAUAGAAUCUACUCCUGCUAAAGAUGCUGUGAACAUUGUUGAAAUGACAACAAAAGAUUUAGAAUGUUACAUAAACUUAGUUGACAAAGCAGCGGCUGGGUUUGAAAGGAAUGACUCCAAUUUUGAAAGAAGUUCUACUGUGGGUAAAAUGCUAUCCAACAGCAUUGCAUGCUACAGAGAAAUCUUUCGUGAAAGGAAGAGUCAAUCGAUGCAGCAAACAUCAUUGUUGUCUUAUUUUAAAAAAUUGCCACAACUGCUCCGACCGUCAACAACCACCACCCUAAUCAGCCAGCAGCCAUCAACAUCAAGACAAGACCUUCCACCAGCAAAAAGAUUACGACUCACUGAAGGUUCAGAUGAUAGUUAGCAUUUUUAACAAUAUAGUAUUUUUAAAGUAAGGACAGAUUUCUAUCCUGUGUCUUCUUCUGUGGUCCACACAAAGAAAUCCCACUCCUAAGCAGUAACAGUUGACCAGGAUUUUCCUAGCUGAUCUACCAUGGGGUUGUUGAGCUCCAUGCUCCAGGCAGGCUCCUGUACAGAAGUGAAAUUUAGAAUCCUGGCACUACCUGAUAUCUUGAAAGGUUACUGUGUUAAGGUUCCAAUCUUUUACAAUAUAAUUAUUUAGACAAUUAAAUUUCAGUAGUGUGCAGUAUAGCAUGUGUAAAACAAGUAGACAUUUCUAACCUGCUCAGCUUUGUUAAAUAUGGAGGAACAGAGACAUAAAAACCCAAAAUUGCACUACAGAGUGUUACUGUUUUUGGGAUAGAGUACAUUUUGAAUGAUCAGGAAGACAACUCAGUAUGAUUCUGUAACAUUUUAUGCUUGUUGCCAACAUGGGAAGGAUUUUCCUCUGUUUACUUUCUGGUUUAUUGCAACAAAGUAACUAUUGAACUGUUCCUCUCCAUAACUAAUUAUUUUGUAGGCUUUCGACAAUGUUUUAUUGUUAGGUUUUAUUAAUGCUCACUAUAUCACUGUAUUGGAAUUUUAUUACAUGAAUUUUGAUGCUGUAAGCAGCCUUGAGAAGGCUUCUGCCAUGAAAGGUAGCCUUGAAAAUUGUUAAAUAAAUAAAUGAUAUAAAUUAACACAGACUUCCAUAAGAUGGCAGUAUGUGCUCACUUCAAAUACUAUUUCUGUUGCAGUGAUUUGAUAUAUCUACAAAUUAUAGAACUGUUCUAUCCUCUUGUCGGACGGGAUUGAUUCUUAGAAACUUGGUUCCCCUCACUGCAUACAUUAAUGCAAGGCCUACAAGCCACCACCCACUCAAAGAGCAAUGAAAGUUUUAGAAAGGAAUCAUAACUAAUAAGCCCAACAGUUGAAAACUGAUUGUUUUCUGGUAACAAAUGAAAACCUAUAGAACAACUAUAUGUUCCAAGGACAAGAAUUCUAAAAUAUGUAUCAAACUUAUGAUGAAAAGCCUGUCUGUGUUGUACACAAUUUAAACAGCAUUUUUAUAUUAUUGUUAUAUUUAUAAAAUAAAAUACCUGUUCAAAAGGCAAAUUAUAAAGCUACUCAGCUACCAGUUCUCUCAGUUCUGAAGCUGCCUCUGGAAGUCCUGAGUAACACUGCUAGGUAGACAGUCAUACAAAACAGUAAAAAGACUGGAAUAGCUUCUGAAAUUUUCCUUCUGCAGCCUGCCUCCUCUGCCAGAAAGGACACUGUAUUUGCAAAUAAAAAGAAGAGUAAAGUCAUUUGCUGGUUGGAACCUACAGCCAUCAGUCUUAGAACUACACCACCUCCCUCCCGCAACUCUUUGCUGGUGUUACUGUUUAUAGAAAGCCUGGAGAUGUGCUUGUGGGGGUUCAGUAAUUUAUCAAAUUGGCCUAAACAGGAAGUAAAACAGUCAUUCUUUGCUCCAAAGCAUCAGAAUCCGUGCACGUCACAAUGGACCCCUUCUGACUUGUGUUUCUUCGGCUCAGAUUCCUGCCUCAGCAAAGACUUUUGCACAACCCUAAUCCAAAUAUUAUUAUUGCAUGUGGAAAGAUCACAUGCCAGGUGAUAGGAGACAUAGAGCUAUAACUCUCUGGCCUCAUGCUGCAUGCUACAUAGCUAAGAGGAAUUUUGAUGAAGAAAUAGCAUUUUGCACAAAAGGGAAUAUUUUGUACAGCCUGAUCUCCCUACAUGCAUAGGAAAAUGAGCACACUGCUAACAGCUCUUUACCUAGAACUCUGACAAGUACCUCAUCUUGAGACUCCAUACACAAAUAGCCCACACCAAACUCCAUUCCAGAACCUAAGGGGACAGGACAGAUAAUUGCGCACAGGUAAGCAAGGCAAAGGAGAAUACAUGCUGUAACAUGCAUCUGUGACAGCUGGAGGUGCUUUCACCAUCACAGUUCCUGAUUGGUGGGCUAUGAUGGUGUUUUCAAUAAUCCUGUGAAGGGCAUCUGAUUUCUUGCCAUCUUUGUACACUCAGUCCCCUUGUUACAAACAUCUGAGUUAAGAACAAUCCCUACUUACAAACAAGCAAGCCAGCCUAAUCUUUGGGUGGCAAGCAGGCUCUGGACAGCAAGGAGAUGAAGGAAGGAAAGGGAAAGAGGAGGGGAAAAAGUGGAACUGAUGAGCAGUGAAGUCAGAACUAGAAAGCAACUACUGUGGUAACCACUCCCCUCUCCAGCCGUGCAAUCAAACCCUGACUCUCCAGCACCAGUCCCAUAUGAAUCAUUAUCCAAUUAAUGUUAGGCUUAAUGUUAGCUCAAGCUCAAGUGUUAACCUUCUAUAAUCUUUUUACUAGUCUUUCUAUCUUUUUAUCUAAACUGUUUUAAGAACUGUACUGUACACCUACACACAUACAU